UCCCCCCGCGAUGGCGGCGUUCGCGCGGCACAAGGCGCUGCGGCUCGCGCGGCCGGACCCCAGCCGGAAGCGCGCGCUGGACGCGCGAGCCGCGGAGCUCGCGCGGCUCCUGAACGCGCGCGAGAGCUUCUGCACCACGAGCUCGUGCGACGGGAGGGUGAUCGUGACGGACACAGACGGCAUGGGCAUCCAGAAGAAGAACUGCACGUGGCUCCUGGUAACACAUGACCCGUGUGUCAAAGGGGAUGUGAUGACAGCACUGAAGAAAGCCACUGGUGAUGCUGUGUUCAAGUUUGAACCAUUUGUUCUUCACGUGCUGUGUCGAGAGCUGCAGGAUGCGCAGCUGCUGCAUUCAGUGGCUAUUGACUCUGGGUUCAGGAACUCUGGUAUUACAGUUGGCAGAGGAGGAAAAAUUACAAUGGCUGUGCGGAGCACUCACUGCUUAGAAGUUCCAUUGAGCCACAAAGGGAGAUUGAUGGUCUCUGAAGAAUAUAUUGAAUUUCUGGUACAUGUAGCCAAUCAGAAAAUGGAAGAAAACAUAAGGAGGAUUGACAGAUUCCACAAAGGCUUGGAGCUGGCUCUGGAAGCUGCUGUCCCCGCAGACACCUUGUUUCCCGAGGGGCCAGAGAAGAGCCACUCUGUGUACAUGCAUAGAAGAAAGAGAUGGACUGCUCAGGAACAGGCUGAUCCCAGCAGAGAGCUGGAACCCCAGGAUGAUACUGAAAACAGUCUUGGUCUGUUGGCUGAAAUCAUGAUGUAGACUAAGACAUUGGAAAGCAAAUGGCGAACUGAAAAAGUUAUUGUAAUGCUCUUUUCAAGAGAUUUAUGUACUCCUGUGCUCCAAGUAGUAAUAUUCUCAUGGACAUAGACCAGAAAAAAAGGUAACUAACAGAAUAGUGAGCAGGACACAGAGAGCAAAGCCAUAGAAUGUUUUAGGAGUUUUUAAAGUGUACUGUUAAAUUAACAAAGUGGCACUCCAUCAGUUAUCUUAGAAAUAACUGGUUUGCUGCAGCUUUUCGCUGUGUUCUGUGUGGCAGCAUUUCACUUCCAACUUCUGGGUUUUGCAGAGCCAGCUGGCUCUGCAGGUUUCUCCUUCAGGAAGGGGAAGACAAGCAUUGAAGACUGAAGACCAUGCAAUACAUGCGGUGGAAAUUCCACAGAAGCCUUCCAAAGUAGCGCUGUGUGCACCGGUCUCAGACCUCGUGUGUGUUUGGGCGGACUGGCUAAAGUAUGACUCAAUCCAGGGCCAUGAUUUCUAACAGUGCAGAGCUGCUGGCCAGGAGCUGUGUGAACAAAACUGGAGUCCCACAGCCCGUGGGGCAGCGGGCAGGUGGUGGGAGCAGCCCACAGCAGGACAAAGCACAGCAGCUCCUCAGGUGUGGGGACAUGGCUUCUGCCGCAGGUGUUACUGCAGCAUUGUUGGGAUGCGGGCUUGUGUCAGACCUUUGCAUCACCAUUUUCCACAGACCUUCCUCUCCACUCUGAGGGUCAACUGCCUGUCUGGACUGAACUGAAACUCCAGGGCUUCCAUCAACGAAAAGCAGCAUCUGCCUCCAUGCAGAGGGUCCUCCCCAAGCUGCUGCCUUAGCAAAGCCCUGGGGAACCCCUGUUGCCAUCCCCACUGCUGGGAGUCCCACUAUUCCUGCAGAUCCCUCUUCACCACCUGGGGAAGUUCAUUCAGAAUGGUCUGAACCCUCCUCUGCAUGUGACAUUUCUUAAAAUGUCUAGCACUGGUCUGUUGGACAUGGCUCAAGGGACUGAUGGCACCAGCACCAACCACAAGCAAUGCCCACAGACCCUGUAACAGCCCAAACCCUCACCCUGUGUAACAGCACUACAGUGUUUACAUUCUGAGAAAUAAUUUGUCAGAAACUGAUCCCACAUUCCUCUGAAAAAUGAUAAAAAAUUCAGGAAGACUUUUUGGUGUCUUAACACAAAAGUGUUAUCCUAACCCCAUCCAAGGUUGCAGAGGGUGAUGCUGAGGAGGUUUCUGGGAGCAGCAACACCUUCCUCCAUGCACCACUUCCCUUACACCUUGCCCCAUGCUCACCCAAGUUGCACCAGCUCAUUUUGAGGUUAAUUUUAUCAAGCUGUGUUUUAUUUCCAGCUGCUGUAUGGGAUUCUGUUGGGCUGUCAAUGUGCAGGGCACAGGCAGCAAUUGGGAACAGCAUCCAGAGGCAGCUGGAGGCAGCACCCUUGAAAAGGGGAUUCUGGGGCUUAUGGCUGCAGGGAAAUUCACCAAUAAGCAACAAGACUCCUAAAACUGUCAAAUCUUUAUCAUUUGUAAGUGUGCUUAGCCACUUAAUUAAUCUAAAAGGUAUUUUUAUACUUGCUCUCACUGUGUUAAAUUUGUUUUAAAUUACAGUUUCACUACCUGUGCACUCAGUUUUUCAGGGGACACAGAUGGGUUCAUUCACUCCAGGAACUGAUUGUCAUUUCUCACCCCGUAGCAUUUCACAUCCACACCAGGAAACUACUCAAAUCAGCGCCACAGCAUUCCCUGUGGCUGUGCCACAGGUUCCCAGCCAGUUGUGCUCCCCAGCACAUCCAUGCACUUGGGCACAAAGUCACUUUACCCAUUUGCUGGGAUAAUUCUGUACAUGCAAAUCACAGAUGGCAGGAGCACAAGUGUUCGCUUGAAACAGCUUCCUCUGAAAUUCAGAUACUUAAAAUGGUUUACAAGGGCAUGGCAGUAACAGCUGCAGAGUGCAGUGAAAUCAGUGUUCUCACAUGGGGUUAAACAUCUCCAGACCAGGGUGGCUUUGCACCUCUCAGCUUCCACUCCUGCCAGGGCUUCACUUGAGUUUAACCAGGUCUCAAUUUAAUUUAAUCAGUCUCAAGUUUUUGAAUUUAUCAUAUUAUAUGUAUAAUGCACUGGAGGCUUAGCAGCUCUUCAGUACUUUUGGUUACUGAAAAUACACAAUUAUUUUGUAAUAUCUUGUGAA